UCACGCGCAGGGAGCCAACGGGAGUAGUGGGGAUGGGAGGCUAGGAUGUUUCUGCAAGCGCCGAGACUCAGAGUCAGGGUGGGACUGCCGAACGGUACAGUCUCUCUUCCGUCGAACCAACAGAACACACAAUGGCGGAUAAGGAAAAGAAGGUAAAGAAGAAGAAGAAGGAAGACGCACCCGCAGAGGAGGAGCGCGCGUCCCGCGGCAGCCGCAAGGCCAAGCGCACCGGCUCAAAUGUGUUCUCCAUGUUCACACAGAAGCAGGUCGCUGAGUUCAAAGAGGCCUUCCAGCUAAUGGACCACGACAAGGACGGCAUCAUCGGCAAGAACGACCUCCGCGCGACCUUCGACUCGCUCGGCAGGCUGGCCUCUGAGAAGGAGCUCGACGAGAUGGUCGGCGAGGCGUCCGGCCCCAUCAACUUCACGCAGCUCCUCACCCUCUUCGCCAACCGCAUGUCCGGCGGCUCCGACGAGGACGACGUCGUCAUCGCCGCCUUCAAGACCUUCGACAACGACGGCAAGAUCGACUCCGAGCGGCUGAGGCACGCGCUCAUGACCUGGGGCGACAAGUUCUCCGCCGACGAGGUCGACGAGGCGUACGACCAGAUGGACAUAGACGACAAAGGCUACAUCGACACCACCAAGCUCAUCUCCAUGCUCACCGCCAGCGCUGAGGACGAGGAGGGCGGCGAGGCCGCGUAAACUCCGACUGUACAGACCACCCCGGCCACGGUUCGCGCCCAACAGCGGACUGACAAUAUAUUUCUAUGUAAUUUUAUCGUUUCCAUUUUUUUAAUUUAUUCGUAAUGAAAUAUAGAUCUAUAUA